GGUGGAGAAUGCACGACUGAGGCUGCAGAGGAGACCAUUCCUGGGUGGGAGCAGCUUCAGCACAUGGGGAGACCUGCACAGGCUGCACAGCUGCAAAUUCCUCCUGCACCAAGUCCUGGCACCAACUGUGUGUGCCUGCACUUGUGUGCACGGUUACACAACGUGGAGGCCACUGAGAAUUUGGGCCUGGUUUUAGAAAAAUUCCUUGUACUUCCAAGACAAAGCUUGCCAGGUUAGAAGUGUGGUGCUGCUUGUGAGAUCCCUUGUCUUGGGUGAGUAAACCCAAAAAAUUACCCAAACUGUAGCCCUUUGGUUCCUUUUCCUAGAGUUCAGGAAAAGUUGGGCAGGACCACACACACCACCACAAUCAGCCGUCCUCCUGUGCAUGAUCAGAUUAACACAGAUGGAAGAUAAAGAAAAAACCAAAGAGAAAAUCAUUGGUGCUCUCAGUGGAACUGAAAAGCAGGAAACAUCMGUGGAGUUUCCCUAUGAUCAGUUUGGAAAUUACYGAUAUCCUUUAUGUUUUAAUGACUUGGGUAUAAAAGUAGAAUUGUCCUGAUUAUGUUUCUCAUCUGUUUCUGCUGUGCAGAAGCCAAUGACAAAUGGUCAAGCUGGAAGAAUUCAGUGCCAUGUGUUUGUAUUCUGUGAUCUUUUGACUAGAUGACGUUCUUCGUUUCUGAGGGAAGAGUGGCUGUGGUGUGUGUGGUGCAUUGCUCCUGCAGUGUGGUUUUGGGGGCCUUUGCUCUCUGCCAGCCCUGRCUCAGGUGCUGAGAGGGCACCACUUCCCUCGGGAAUGCAGAAACAGCAGCAGGAGCAGCUCUGCCCGAGCCCCGGCAUCACCCCGGGCAAUGUGUCCUCAGAGCUCCCUGCCAGGCAGUGUCCUGUGCCUUCUGCUGCUCCCUGGGCAGAUGGAAGUGCUGCACUAGAAAGUGYCACAAUUCUUUGUGACCCACUGCCAGUGAGGGCUGGAAAAGUGACAGAGAGAGUCAGGAAGAGCAAGAUUUCAAGAUGAGAAUCUGUUCACCUGGAGUUCCUCUCCUCUCCUGCUGCAUUUCCUGGUCAUUGUGAUGUUAAUUGUGCAACUUCCAUCCCAAAUGAAUGCGGACUUUUGUACUUUUAGCACCAGAGGCCUUUCUAAGGAAAAUGGGAGGGACUUGAGAUGAAUGAAAGAAACACUGAGGUUACAAGACGGUGAGAAAGCUGAAGGGUUUGUGCUGCCUUUGGCCUUGUGUCCCCACUCAGGGGCUCUUGGCUCUGCAGGAUCGAGCUGGAUCACAGCCACUGUSGAAAGCAGCCCCCUCCCCUCGGCGCAGGGAAUUGUGUGGAGAACAGCGGCAUUCCAGUGGCCCCAGAGYCUCUGGAAGAACAGCAGAAGGAUAAUCAAGAGCCUUUGAUGGAGCUUUCAGCUUCAGUGUUAAAUAACACCCGCUCCCAACAGCUGAGUGGGGGCAGGACUCAUUCCAGAACUAUUAAUAAAGCCCCUAUUUAUACUCCAGGUUCCUGUGAACGGUGCAGCAGAAAGCUACAGCUGCGGAGCUAAAAUGGAAUAAAUGUCAGCCUCCAGGGCAAGCACCAUCCUGCGGGAAAGGAGACAGCCAAAGGAGAGCACAGGAGCAGGAAUCGCUCGAUUGCUGCAGAUGACCUUCGGAUGUACCACAUUCAGCCUGGUCGCCCACCAAGGGGGUUUCAGUGCCGCCUAUGGCACCUUCUGCAUGUUUGUCUGGACCUUCUGCUUUGCCRUCACUGUGUUCAUCAUCGCCUGUGAGUUCACUCACCUGCACGGCUGCCUGAGCCUCUCCUGGGGGAACUUCACGGCUGCUUUUGCCAUGCUGGCCACGCUCAUGUCCAUCACAGCUGCGGUGAUCUACCCGCUCUACUUCGUGCAGGUGGGCUGUUACCCCAUCGGCUGCCAGGUCAGAGAUUUCCGCAUCGCAGCCAGCGUCUUCGCUGGCCUCCUGUUCGUCGCCUACGCCACCGAGGUCUUCUUAACCMGGGCAAAGCCGGGACAAGUCACCAGCUACAUGGCCACUAUUUCCGGCCUCCUGAAGAUCGUUCAGGCCUUUGUGGCCUGCAUCAUCUUUGGGGCGCUGGUGAACGACAGCCAGUAUGGUAAAUACGUGGCGACACAGUGGUGUGUGGCUGUCUACAGCUUUUGCUUUGUGGUGACAGUGGUGGUAGUGGCCUUCAGUGUCACAGGUAAGACUGCCUUGCUGUGGUUCCCUUUUGAGCGUUCYGUGGUCAUCUACACCUUUGGGGCUGUGCUGCUCUACGUGAGUGCUGCGGUCAUCUGGCCGGUGUUCUGCUUUGACAGCAAGUACGGCUCCCCACAACGUCCUGGCCUCUGUGCCAAGGGCAAGUGCCCGUGGGACAGCCAGCUGGUGAUCGCCAUCUUCACCUACGUCAACCUGCUGCUCUACGUGUUAGACCUGGCCUACUCGCAGCGCAUCCGCUUUGUCUCACACCUCUGAAUUGGUCUCAGCCUCUGUGGAGGAUCCCAGCGCAGCAAACCACUGCGGGUGCACAGGGACRGGGUGUGGGGCAGGAAGGCACGGGGUCGGCAUGCGCACAAAACCAUCAGCCAGACUUCAAGGUGAGAACUGACUGUGCUCACAAAUGAAUGACUUGGAGGAGGUGGGCUGCAGCGGAUGCAAAGCACAGCCCACCUCCCCCAUGAUCCUGCCUCAGCUGCCUAGGCCCAGCACGAAGGAAUGACACAGCUCCACCUGCAUCUGCAGACAGCAGGAACAUUUGUAGCCACAGCAGCAGGGCUACAGGCCACCGGGCCAAUGAGCCAAAUAUUAGCAAAGACACCAAGGAUUUUGAAACUGUCAAUCAGUGCUUAAUGGUAACCAAGUGACUACUCAGGAAGUGGGAAAGUUAAAAGCUGCAUGAAGGAACACCAGCUCUGGAGAUGAAAAUAAACCCCUCGGAGUUUGGGUUAGUUUGGGCUGUGCACUAGAUAUGGAAUGCCUGCAAGUGUGGGCAGUUCCAAUCUGGGUGUUUCUGAGRACAUCAUAGUAACGGUAUUUUGAAGGUUACCAGUCCUUUCCCUUCCUCUCCUUUGCUGUCUGGCACAGAAAAGGAAUAUCCUCAAGUGCACACCUUGGAGGAGGCUGAGGAUAUUCCUAUUUAGCAAAACUGAGUCAGUACAGAAAUGAAAAUUUGUAAAGUCAGGGCUCUAUUGCUGAGAAUCUGCAGAGCAGAGCCCACYUGCCAUCCUCACUUGAGCAGCACAGAAAGUACCUUGGCACAUGCUCUGUUUUGGUUCAUGGGCCGUAAUUUCUUUAUAAUGGUGUUAAGGGUUUUUUCCUUGAAGCUUGAUGAUAAAUUCUGGGGGGAAAGGGGAGGCAGAAACUUAACUGAUCCCACAGUGCUGCACAAGAGACCAAACYGGGCAGGGAAGGGCCAUGGACAGGACAGGACAUGAGAGAACUUGCACACAGUACCCCAGAGCAGCUCAGGAUUCCUGAGAACUCUGCUUCACUGSAUUUCUGGGACCUGUCUCUGACAAAACACCCACUCUGAAGCUCCACACUUCUCAGCUCCGAUUUCAGGCUCCAUAGGAAUCUUCGUUUGUGCCAARGAGAAGCCAGAGUGUCCAAGUGCUUGUGCAGCACAUGCAGACUCAAGUGCUUUGAUUAAAAUCUCCAGUAGCUGCCUGUCAGAAGCAAGAUUUUUAAACCAAAUUAAAAUAAAGCUGAAUGGCAGAUGUACACAUACAUCUCCUGAGAUCUGUGUGCUGUCACCCUGCUCUCUACCCUUUCAUUGCAGCAGACAUGGCUCUUUCUGCCUGAAAGCAGAGCUCGCUUUAUUUUGAUGUACAAAGCRUGAACACAGACCCAAAAAUGUACAGACCCAAGACAGCAAGAGCUCUGAGUGGAUUCUUGGCAGCAGAAUGACUCAGGAACAAGGAAGGAAACUUACUUUCUUACUUUUUAUCAGGGCUUUGUGUGGGRUUUGAAAAGCAAAGGGAAAACUUGUUGGGACAGAUUAUGCUAAAUAAUUCCGAACAAGGACCAGCCCUUAGCAGUGGAGAGCAUUAGCCAGGAAAUGGGACAAGAACUGGAUCCAGCACAAAGGAAGAGCCUUCCAAGGGGGUUUUCUCUUCUGUGAGUCCCAGUGAAGAGCGGGAAAUCUGGAAGAUGUGGUCCAACAGGAGGCUGGUAGAGCAAGAUACAAGGCUAUCUGUUAUAGAUAUAAACCAGGAGCUUUAWUUCUUGCCACUCAAACAAAUUAUGSGUUGUACAAAUACAAAAUGAUUACUUGGAAAAUUCACUUGUGUUGGAGGAGUCAAUUUAUAAAGAGCCACUGCACACAAAUGGACCAUGAGCAUUUAUGAUGCAUUUCUGUUAAACCCAUCAAUGUGGACAAAUUAAACUGUGUCACACUUAAAACUUACUUACUUUU